CUUCUGCUAGGGACGCUUUCAUUUCAGUACCGGACAUAGAAAGGGUUGCUACUGUUUGCAAAGUCUGUGUGUGAUGCAUGUAUUUGAAUGGGAAGGCUACGAUAAAAACAAAUAUAUCUUACUAAAUACAAACCGAAGGCGGCGUUUCUGAAUGCAAAGAGGAUUCCGCUAGACCAGUCUCAAACUAAACCAGUGAAGAUGGACGUCAGUGUCUCCGUGUCGUUGUUUCAAGACGAGCUCGCCUCCACCGUCGAGCUCGCAGUGAAAGCGGCUGCAGACAGCGUCGUGUGCGCGAUUACUGAAGCUGUCGGCAGCAAAUUCACUGAAUUACAAGAGGACAUGUCUGCAGUGAAGAGAGAGAAUGAAAGUCUGAAGCUGAGAUUGGAAAUAUCAGAGAGCGAGCUGAAAGCCGUGCGAGGGUGUAUAAACGCUGCACAUGCAGACAUUAAACAGCCUUUCAUAUUUCAAGAUCCCAUAGAGAGCCACGCUAUCCCUGAAUCUGAAGCACAGGAGGGGCCAAAGAUAGAAGCAGUUUACACACAAGAGGAGUCCUUUGAGCAGGAGUGGUGUGCAAGUCUAAUACAGGUUACAGGGCUGCCAUGUGUUAAAGAUGAAGACGUCCCUGAACAGGAAUGUGUUCCUAUUAAAGAGGAAUUCAUAGAACAGGAAUGUGUCUCCAUCGCAGAGGAACUUCCUACUGAAAAUAAUGUCUGUACACUUGAGGAGAACAACAAGCUGGGAUCCAACCUGUGUGAUGAUUCUCCAUCUGAAUGUGAUCUGGGAUUUGGAGCUUCUAAAGUAGAUGAAGGAGAACACGACUCCACUCCAUCACCCCAGUGCAAAAACUCUUCUAGAGGCAAACCACAGUGCAAGAAACACAGAGAAACGACACCCCAAGAAGAGUAUGUGAAGACAUUGAGAACUCACUCAGUUACAAUCCCUUCUUUACAAGACAGACACCCACUUACUGUGGAGAGUACAGAGACGCCACAUUCUGCAUGUUUUAACAAUUCUGAAACCCAGGGCAACUUGAAGACCUUGCCUCAUUCUAUUAAAGAUGGGAAGAGUUCCUGUCAAUUAGACAUUCCUGAAACUCACAAGGGAAAUCCCACAGGAGGGACUACGUUUUCCUGGGCUGAUUGUGGGAAGAGUUUCAAUCAUAUAUCACUGCUUAAAGGAGACCAGCGCAUUCACACAGGAGAGAAACCUUCCCACAUACAGACCAGUGAUAAGAGUUUCACACACUUAGGAAAUCUUAAUUCACACCAGCGCAUUAACAUAGGAGAGAAACCUCAUCACUGUGAUGUUUGUGGGAAGAGAUUCAGCCAUUUAGGAGACCUUAAAAGACACCAUACAAUUCACACAGGAGAGAAACCUCAUCACUGUGCUGUUUGUGGGAAGGGAUUCAGCCAGUUAGGAGACCUUAAAAGACACCAUCAAAUUCACACAGGAGAGAAACCUCAUCACUGUGCUGUUUGUGGGAAGAGAUUCAGCCAUUUAAGAGACCUUAAAAGACACCAUACAAUUCACACAGGUGAGAAACCUUAUCACUGUGCUGUUUGUGGGAAGAGAUUCAGCCAGUUAGGAGACCUUAAAAGACACCAUAAAAUUCACACAGGAGAGAAACCUCAUCACUGUGCUGUUUGUGGUAAGAGAUUCAGCCUGUUUGGAAACCUUAAAAGACACCAUAAAAUUCACACAGGUGUGUAAUCCUCUCCCUGCACUUAGUGUGUGAAGUGAAGUCAGUUGCAGGCUCUUGCAGGACUCGAGAACAUUCUCAGAAUUGCAGAUGCUUGGGGACACCUAGACAACAGGCGUGCAUUUGACUAAAUACAGAAAUAUUUACUGAAAACAAAAGAAUAAACCUGCUUGAUAAACAGGGUCCUCCCUAAUCACAAUCUGUUCAGCUCAAAAGCUCACAGACUCAGAUAUGAACGAGUACGUCUUGUAUUCAUCGUCUUGUUAAGCAUUCGGAUUGUGUUACCUCACAUUAGUAAUAUAUUAAAUAGAUUGUUAUUAUGAAUGCACGUUUCUCUUUCCUUUCUCAUGCGUUGCUCAGCCUCUUGCUGUGGGUUCUGUGGAAGCUUCCCUGAUACCACGUGAAUCUGCAGUACCUCAAGACACAGCACAGUGUACUGCAGUUAUCAUGCGGGCAGCUUGCAGUGUAAAGCAGUACUGUUUCCAGCAGGGGGCUCCAGAGAGCUUUUAGGAAUGUAAUGGUCUGCAUACCAUUGCUUCUUAACGGGAUGAUUUCUGCUCAGGAUGUGUUUAAUACUGCCCCCUCUCUCUCGAGUACUCUAUUAACAAACACAGGUUCUGUGAUUUUAAUUUCAAUUUGUUGAUUGACAACGAGACUACUAAAGCAAAUAAAAUCUAUAUUAAAAAUGCUUUGCUGCCUGUAUUAAAUGCUGUUUUAAAUGAUGUUCAGUGUCUUGUCAAUCAAGGAUUUCAUUUUAAAAAUCCAGUAAUAAAUACCGUAGACGUC